GUGUUGGUAUUUAAUAUCCUGUUUCUGCGUACAUCUCUUAUUUAAUUCCUCACCUUGCCAAAUCACAAUUCUCCUCUUCAAGUCUUAACCAAACCCAAAGUCCUUCAACAAGAAAAUCCAAUGGCUGAUCCGGCAACGAGUUCUCCGUUGUUGGAUGACCAUGUAGGUGGAGAAGAUGAAAGAGGAAGGAGAUCAAGAUCAUCAACUUUGGUUCAAAAAGUGAUCGACGUGGAAGAAGCAAAAGCUCAAAUGAUUUACUCUUUGCCAAUGAUACUCACCAAUGUUUUCUACUACUGUAUUCCUAUAACUUCUGUGAUGUUUGCUUCUCACCUCGGUCAACUCGAGCUCGCCGGUGCCACCCUUGCCAAUUCUUGGGCCACCGUCUCCGGUUUUGCCUUCAUGGUAGGGUUAAGUGGAUCACUUGAGACAUUAUGUGGACAAGGCUUUGGUGCAAAAAGAUACAGGAUGUUGGGAGUUCAUCUACAAUCAUCUUGCAUCGUUUCAUUAGUUUUCAGCAUCCUCAUCACCAUCUUCUGGUUCUUCACAGAAUCGAUUUUUGGACUUCUCAGACAAGAUCCUAGCAUUUCAAAACAAGCUGCACUCUAUAUGAAGUACCAAGCUCCCGGUUUACUAGCUUACGGGUUUUUACAAAAUAUUUUGAGAUUUUGCCAAACACAAUCGAUCAUUGCUCCACUAGUCAUCUUCUCGUUUGUUCCCUUGGUGAUAAACAUUGCUACCGCAUAUGUUCUUGUUUAUGUAGCUGGGCUUGGAUUCAUUGGUGCUCCAAUAGCUACAUCUAUUUCAUUGUGGAUAGCUUUCCUUUCGCUUGGAACUUAUGUGAUGUGUUCAGAAAAGUUUAAGGAAACAUGGACUGGAUUUUCGUUGGAAUCAUUCCGUUAUAUCGUAAUAAACUUGACAUUAAGCCUCCCUUCUGCUGCUAUGGUAUGUUUGGAAUAUUGGGCAUUCGAGAUUCUUGUGUUCUUGGCAGGAGUGAUGCCAAACCCGGAAAUCAAUACUUCUUUGGUCGCUAUAUGCGUCAACACGGAGGCGAUUAGCUACAUGUUAACAUACGGACUUAGUGCAGCUGCAAGUACGCGUGUGUCCAAUGAACUUGGAGCAGGAAAUGUAAAAGGCGCAAAGAAGGCGACCUCUGUGUCCGUAAAGUUGUCUUUAGUUCUUGCUCUCGGCGUUGUAAUUGUUUUACUCGUAGGUCAUGAUGGUUGGGUUGGGUUAUUUAGCGAUAGCUAUGUGAUUAAAGAGGAGUUUGCAUCAUUGAGGUUUUUUCUUGCUGCCUCUAUAACUCUUGAUUCAAUCCAAGGAGUUUUAUCAGGUAAAAGAUCCAAUAUAUAUUUUUUUUUUUUACUCAUCUAGGGUGGUAAAAAUCAUUGUUAAAUUUAUUUACAGGAGUUGCAAGAGGAUGCGGAUGGCAGCGUUUAGUCACGGUUAUAAAUUUGGCGACAUUCUACUUAAUUGGAAUGCCGAUUGCCGCCUUUUGUGGUUUCAAGUUGAAGUUUUAUGCCAAGGGUUUGUGGAUUGGUUUGAUAUGUGGAAUAUUUUGCCAAUCAUCAUCUCUUUUGCUUAUGACAAUAUUCCGGAAGUGGACAAAGCUGAAUGUUGCUACGGUCUGAAAACUCUAGUUACGUUCCAUUUUUCUACGGAGGCACAUUUAUUUUCUUAAGCAGAUAUGGAAUCAGUUAUCAAGAUAUAUAUUUGGAACUCAUGAUCAUUUUCCAAACGCUUAGUUAAGAUUUAUCUUUCUUAGUUUUCUUUUUAUUCUUUUGGAGUGUAAGGGAAAUAAUCUGGUUCACAAAGUUGGUCAUGGCUUGAAUAUUACAGCAUCAUUCUAAGCUAUCUUUGAAACCAACUUCUUCUUAGUUGCGUUCUUCAAUUUACUAGACUAGUUUCGUUAUCGUCAGCAAGAAACUUUUCUCAUUUUCUAUUUCUUUAAUUCCUCGUCGUUUUACUAUUUUUGGCGAUUUUUUUGGCAUAUUGUGCUAAAAUCAGAAAUUUUGAUGCUUUCUAUGUAAACUUAUUUCUCUUGCUUAGUUACACACGUCUGGUCUGGUGUCUCCAUAUUAUCCUGUUU